GCCUUAGAGAGAGGAGGAGGAGCUUGGAGUAGAGCCGCUGCUCCUCCACACCGAAAAGAGUCAUUUGAGGUGUUUCAUCUGAUCAGGAGCCUCCUGGACGCCUCCCUUUAGAGGUGUUCCACAAGUCCCACUGGUAGGAGGUCCAGGGGAAGACCCAGGACUCACUGGAGGGAUUAUGUACCCUUUCUUGUCUGGGACCACCAGGGGGUCCACCAGGACGAGCUGGAAAGUGUCAUGGGGAGAGGGAGGUCUGGUCUUUCCUGGACCUGUUGCCUCCACGACCCGACUUUGUAUCAGAGGCAGAAGAUUAAUUCUUACCCAGUUUCAUGUUGAUUGGGUGUUAAACUGGUUUAAACUGGUUUGACCUUCUCAGUCGUGGUCGUUUGUUGGUCCAUUGGGUGUUAAACUUGUUUAAACUGGUUUGACCUUCUCAGUCGUGGUCGUUUGUUGGUCCAGUCUACAGGAGUUCUAUGAAUCUGGAGGAGGAUUUUGACAGCGUUACCCCAAAUUUAAGACCUGUCUGGUUCCUGUAGAACCAAAACUAUAGGGGGACCCAGAUCCUCGACACAAAGCCAACCUGAUUCACCAGGUCCAAGGUCUUGUUCUUGGUCUGAAAACAUCCAGACACCCCCAGUUGUAGAUGUUCAUCUAAUCAUUACUUCCGUUAAAAUGGUUUGUGAGAUAUUUCGCUAACAACCACGCUGAGUUCAGCAGUUCUUGUCCAACCAUGUAGGAGUUUAAGUUAGGGAUGACUCUCGGCUACAACCACUUUUUACGUGUUCCUAUCUUGCUUCGCCGUGGCAGCCAUCUUGAAGAGGUAACGAGCCGCAGUGAUGCCUUCAUGAACAGGAACAUCAUCGCUGCUGAAUAAACAACAGGCAGAGUGGAAGAUGAAAACAAAUCCACAGGUGAGGUGAGGAGGCUCCUGUCUCUUUAAAAGCCGGAUUGUGCGACUGAGCAGAGCAGAGGAGAGGAGAGGAGAGGAGGGGGGUUCAGCUGCAGUGGAACAGUCUUCUCCACUGAGCAGGUUCUCUGAGCCACAGACCCACGCAGACCGAGGAGACCGUGAGACCCAGGCAGCAGGCGGGGAGGCGGGCCGUGCGUCAGCCGGAGCUCCACAGGGGGAACAUGGAGAUGAGCAGGAGAGGGCGUAGAACCGCCAUCCAUCCCCGCGUUCCAUCAAACCGCCAACCUGAAGGCGACACACACAGGGGAUAAACCACUUAUGGACGCAGUGGAUUAAAGACCUGCAGAUACACAGAGAGGAGGAGGAGGAGGAGGAGGGAGAAGAGCAGAAAUUAAUCUAUUCAUUUGUUUAUUUUCACGGUGUGUGUGCGCACAGUUUCUGUCAGGAGUGUGUGUCUGCAGGAGACUGCAUUGCUGCUCUCCAUCACUGAACGACUCAGGAAAAAAAAACUGAAUCUCUUCUGAUUUUUUUAAAAUUUUUACUCCAUCUCUUCCUGCAUGUAUGACUGCAGCACAUAUGAGGAUGAAACGAUGUUGAUGAUCGGAUAAUCAGGAUAAUCACUUCUGGGGGGUUUUGUGUGUGUUUGGAGGGGUGGGGGGCCUCGCUGGUGAUUUGAGGUUUGGUGGUUUGCAGGGAAACUUCCCAGCUCUGCACCCCAGAGAGGUGGAGGCAUCAUCAGGUAGGAGGCAGAAGGAGAAGAGGGCCCGAGUGAGGAGGAGCAGGAGGGAGUAGGAGGACCGUGUAGGAGGCCGGCGGAGCUGCCUGAUGGUUGAAACUCCAGCUCGGGGAGGAUAAUGGCAGCUUCGGGCCACGCUCUGCUCCUCUCUCACCUGCAGGAGCUGCGCAGAAGCUGAAGCUCCGCCGGGAGGAUGGUGUGAACGGCACCGUCCCCCCCACCCCAGCCUGACGCAGCAGUGAGGGUCUCUUCAUUUCUCCUGGCUCGGCUGUGAUCUGGUUGGAAGGCAGAGGAACCUUUCAGGGUCAGUGGGUCGGUGGGAUGCGCCACGGCUACGGCGUCCGUCAGAGCGUCCCGUACGGCAUGGCGGCCGUCAUCCGCUCCCCUCUGCGCACCUCCAUAAACUCCCUCCGCUCCGGGUCGGAGCACAGUAACGGUACGGCUCUGCUGGACCGCACGGGGGUGCUGGUUCCCGGUCCCGCCACGGUCCCGGGCACUCUGACCGCCAGCGUGUCCGUGUGCAGCACGGGCAGCAGCGGCAGCAGCCCCGCGGUGUCCCGGGGGGGCUUCGUGCUGACGGCGCACAGCGAGGCCGAGCUGCUGAAGGGGAAGAGGAAAGGUGGCCUGUUCCGGAGGUCCAUCCUGUCCGGCCUCAAGCUGAGGAAGUCCGAGUCCAGGAGUUCCCUGGCCUCGCAGCGGUCCAAGCAGAGCUCGUUCAGGAGCGAGGCCGGGAUGAGCACCGUGUCCUCGGCUGCAUCAGACAUCAACUCCACCAUCAGUCUGGGAGAUGCAGACGCGGAGCUGGCCGCGGCCGACGACGACGUGGACGCCACGGCCACAGAGACUUACUGCGGGGAGUGGAAGAACGACAAGCGGACCGGGUUCGGCGUGAGCCGGCGGUCCGACGGGCUGCAGUACGAGGGGGAGUGGCUGAGCAACAAGCGCCACGGCUACGGCUGCACCACCUUCCCCGACGGCACCAAGGAGGAGGGCAAGUACAAGCAGAACGUCCUGGUGAGCGGCAAACGGAAGAACCUGAUCCCGCUCAGGGCCAGCAAGAUCAGGGAGAAGGUGGACCGGGCCGUGGAGGCGGCGCAGAAGGCGGCGGAGAUCGCCCGGCAGAAGUCGGAGAUCGCCCUGUCCAGGACGGCCCACGCUCAGGGGAAGGCGGAGGCAGCAGUGGGAGCAGCUCAGAAAGCCCAGGAGGAGAGUCGCAUGGCCCGGGUCACCGCCAAACAGUUCUCCCCCUCCUUCCAGCAUCCUGGAAACGGCAUGGAGGUGCAGCGCCCCAAACAUCAGGUGUCCAGUGAAGCGGAGUGCGAAGGCUUAUCGAGCAGCGCCGGCACGGCAGAAAGCCCGGAUCUCUACAUGAAGAGUGCAGGUUCUGAUGACCCUUCCAACGAUGCUGCCACCCCAGACCUCAGCCCCCCCUCCUCCUCGCCCCCUCACACUCCGCCUCCCCCCGCCCGGCCGUCGCAGCGCAGCAAGAGCGCCCGUUUCCACCGGCAGAGCGCCGUGGACCACGGAGACCGGGGGAAGGAGGGGGGAGAGAGGAGCGAGAAAGGCGGAGGAGGAGGGGAGACGGAGAUCCAGGUGCUGAUGGAGGGAGGAGGCGAGGGGGGAGUAAAAGAGGAGGGUCCACGGGUCAACAGCUGGAGCGAGGACAGGAGGAGGGGCAUGUUGUCCAAAGGAAGGGGCGGAGUCAGCGGGCGCACCAACGGACACAAACACAGCUCCUCCAAUCACAAAUCGCGGGAGCACGGCUCCUCCAAUCACAGACAGCCCAGAGGGGACAGGUGGACGGAGUCGUCCUCGUCUGCCACGUGGACGUCCGGGCACAGGGGCGUCCACGGCAGGGGGGGCCGGCUGCUGGAGCAGGACGAGGAGAAAAUUAGUAACUACGAGAUGGAGAUGAAGCCUUUACAGCCCAGAGACUCCACUACCCACAAGCCCCAUGGGCACGGGGAGGAGACGCACGGAGAGGGCCGUUCCCACAGCAUGCAGAGGCAGAGGCAUAAGAACCGGGAUGCCAGGGAGGGGGGCAAGGACUCGGUGCACAAACUGGACAGGUCGGGGGAGAAAGUGGAAUCCCGUCCUCUACGACGGGACCUCACCCUCUCCCCACCUCUGAGGUCCACCCCCAUCACCCCGGAGCGCCUGGAUCUGAGCCUUACGCCGAGCAAAGGCAACCCGGCCUACAGCUCCGUCCUGGUCGUCAUGGUGAUCCUGCUCAACAUUGGAAUGGCUGUUUUGUUUAUCCACUUUUUUAUUUGAGCAGCUUUCAGAGUCAAACCUAC